CAACUUGGCUGAGUUGAACUUGUUUAGAGUCUGCGGGAUCAUGAGCGGAGCGACACACGGGCUUCAGUACCAGUCUGGGGUCUAUGGGGGGACUGGGACCAGUGGCAGCCCUGGCACCAAGCAGGGCGCCCCCUCCUCCUCCCCCAUCCUGUGUGAGCGCUGCAGGAAGAGCUGUCAGGGGGAGGUGGUGAGAGUGAAGAACUCCCACUUCCACGUGCACUGUUUCACCUGCCAAGUGUGUGGCUGUGACCUGGUGCGGGCGGGGUUCUUCCACCAUGGGGGGGAGUACGUGUGCACCCAGGACUACCAGCGUCUGUACGGGACGCAGUGUGACCGCUGUGGGCAGUACAUCAGCGGGGAGGUGGUCUCCGCGCUGGGACGCACCUACCACCCCCACUGCUUCGUCUGCAGCCUCUGCAGGAGCCCAUUCCCUAUUGGAGACAGAGUGACCUUCUGUGGAAAGAAGUGUGUGUGUCAGCAGUGUUCCCAGGGCCUGAACCGCGACGGGCCCGUCAAGGUCCAGGGACCGAGCUACUGCUCAGGUUGCGGAGAGGAGAUCAAACAGGGCCAGUCUCUCUUGGCUCUGGAGAGACAGUGGCAUGUCAGCUGUUUUAAAUGCCACACAUGCGGGUGUACCCUCACUGGGGAAUACAUCAGCAAGGACGGCGUGCCGUACUGUGAAUCAGAUUACCACAACCAGUUCGGCAUCCGCUGUGACUGCUGCCAGGGCUUCAUCAGUGGGAGGGUGCUGGAGGCGGGGGGUAAACAUUAUCAUCCGAGUUGCGCCAGGUGUGCCCGCUGUCACAUGACAUUCCUGGAAGGAGAGGAGAUGUACCUUACAGGUGCUGAGGUUUGGCAUCCGAUGUGUAAAGAGGCAAUUGGAAUGGAGAAGAAGCUGAGGCUGCGCCGGACCUCAGAGACGGCGUCUCUCUCUCCCCCCAUCUCCAGCGCCGGCUCCCCCCACCGCCUCGUAUGCGCCAAGGCAGACAGCGCGCUGCUGAAUGCAAAGCGUCUGUCUGCCUUCCAGAGGCCCGACGUCAUCCCCUACCAGGCCUACCACGCACACACACGCCUCCCAGAGAGCCCCCUGCACCCGCCCUACGGCUGCGGACAGUCGCGCGGUCACACCUUAUCUCCGUACUCUCAGGACCUGUUGGACAGUGUUGAUCAGCGGACCUCCAGGCGUUCUUCCAGCCCCUACACUGACUCUCCAGCACACAGCCGUUAUGGAGGGUCCCCCCUCCACUACAACACACCUGGUAUUGAGAGUGGCAGGAGUUCACCCAAUCCCUAUCAGUCUGACCCCAGGUCUGGCACACCCACCUCCUACCAAGCCCCCAAGCAUUUCCAUGUACCAGGUAGGCCCCCCUAUAGCCCGCCCCCAGCCUUGCUCCUGGACCUCUCAGAUCCAGCCUCAGACCGCGCCUCAGCUACUAACCCUCCUUACCGGUACUUUAGGACAGCGUUUGAAGCCAACAUCUACAGGAAUCCUCCCAUCUAUAAGAGACAAGAAGCCCCCGUCUCCCCGUCAGCCAAUAGGAAGAGAAACAGCAACCUCAACACCAGCUCCAGCCCCAUCUCUGCAUCCAACUGCAACGACAUCUACCACCCUGAAUCCAACUACUACCCCUACUCCGGCUCUCCCAAAGUCCCGAGGGUGAGGAGGUUUUCUUCUGGGGGUGAGGAUGAUGGAUGGAAUCUAAAUCUGAACAAGGGGAUUGGUCGAAUGAUUCUGAAGGAGGAAAUGAAAGCGCGCUCUGGUUGCCAUGACAACGACCAAUGGGGGAGUGGCCGCAAUUCCUGCAACAACAGCAAGGAGGCACUGCACAACAUGACAGACCGCACACUAAAUGGCUAUAUGUACAACAAAUGUGGCUCGCUGCCCAGCUACGGACGAACCGCACUCCCCAGACCGGGCAGCGCUGGCGGAGACUACUUCCAGUAUGACAGCGAUAACUCUGUCAACUGGCAGAUCAAAGAGUACAAGAUCUACCCGUACGAAGCCCUGGUGGUCACCGUGAGAGGACAGCACAGCCUGCCUGCAGACGUGGACCGAGCGAGGCUGGAGCGCCACCUCUCUCCAGAGGAGUUCCACCGUGUGUUCGGGAUGUCCAUGGCUGCCUUCGACCGGCUGGCUCAGUGGAAGAAGCAGGAGCUCAAGAAGCAGGUGAGGCUCUUCUGAAGAAGCCUUUCCAGACGUCUCCAUACUGCCACAGACCGCAUCAUGUGAUCCUGACACCAGACCGAUGGACAGAAGUGGAAACUCUUUCCUAAAGAGAACAAAAAAGGCCUUCCACUCUUUGGAAAGGUUGGACUGA